AAUGCACGCGUGGUGCGUUUCGGCUCGCACGACGAGCCCAUCCACGGCGAUACAGUCGCGAGCCAGCAGUCGGAGCGGGCAGUCCGAAGUAGAGCAGCCCAGCCGUGUCAACAGUACCGGCCUCUGCGUCAACCUGGGCGAUCACGGGAGUUUACAAAAUUAGGGGCAGAUCUUUGCGAUGACGAGGCACUACGCCGAGUACCUGCGGCUGCGCGACGGCGAGGACGCGCCGUACGAGUGCGCCAGCUGCCAGCGGCGGUUCGCCAAGCUCACGGCCUUCAAGACGCACGCCCGCGCGCACACCGGGGAGCAGCCCUUCCCGUGUCCGACGUGCGGCCGGCCCUUCUCGACGGCCAGCAACCUGGAGAAGCACAGGCGCACCCACGCGCGCGAGAAGCCGUUCGCGUGCAGCGCGUGCCCCAAGCGGUACUCGCAGGCCCACGAGCUGCGCGAGCACUCGCGCUCGCACUCGGGCGAGCGGUACGAGUGCAAGGAGUGCCACGGCACCUUCACGCAGUACAGCACACUAAAGAAGCACCUGCGCGUGCACUCGGGCGAGAAGCCGUUCGCGUGCGGCGUGUGCGCGAAGGCCUUCUCGCGCCCGGUCAACCUGCGGCGCCACGAGCUCAUCCACACAGGGCGCCAGAAGCGCUUCGAGUGCCCCAAGUGCCUGACGAGGUACUCGCACGCCGAGCGGCUCAAGAAGCACCUGCUGCAGGCGCACACGGCCGCCGUCGACAAGCCGUUCGAAUGCCUCCUGUGCCUCGACGCCUUCCCGACGUCCGAGGAGCUGCUGGCGCACCUGGAGAACCACCCCGACGAGAAGGAGUACCCGUGCGCCUCGUGCAAGAGGUCCUUCGCGCGCCCCGUCGAGCUGAGCAUCCACGAGAAGAUCCACCAGAGAGAGUACAAGAAUCAGCGGCCCGCCCAGGAGGAGGUGGCGUCCGAGAAGAAGUACGAGUGCUGCCUGUGUCUCGAAAGGUUCGCCCAGUCCGACGAUCUGCUGAUGCAUUUUGAUGACCACAUGUGUUACGAAUAGGAAGCUAUCCAAAAAUUCACAACCGAUUUCAAGCACUGCUGCUUCACAUUACCUAUUAUCGAUGUCUUUAGUAAAUGUCUAUAUAACUUCACUUUACUUUAGUCAGCGUUUGAAUUUUUUAAAGUAUUGAUUUACUGACACGCAGAGUGGAAAC